AUGGUUAUGGCGGAAGAAGAAGAGAAGGCGGUAUCGAGCGAACCCGAAUUCCCGAAGAGUCGGGUGAAGAAGAUUAUGACUCUGGACGAAGAGGUGAAGAGGGUGAGCUCAGAAGCGCUGUUCCUGGUGUCGCGCUCCACGGAAUUAUUCCUCCAAUAUCUUGCUGAAAAUUCAGCGCAAGUUGCCAUUGAGAAGAAACGCAAGACGGUGAAGCUUGAACACAUAAGAAUGGCCGUGAAGAGGCACCGACCAACUCGGGAUUUUCUCCUCGAUUCGCUUCCGUUGCCUUCUCAGCCCACUAAACCCGAUGGGCCCACUCCGGCUGGGGAUCGGCCCAAAUCCAAUACUGCUCCGCCUGGUACUCGUCGUAUUGAUCACUUCUUCCGAAAGCCAGAAUCUGAAAACCAAACCCAAGCCCCAAUAGAUGCCCAAGCCCCAAUAGAUGAAUCUUAG